UGGUUUAGUGUUGUGGGUGAGAGAAUGACCUUCGCUCUCAGUUGCCAGUGCUGUCUUCAGUGUUUUCUUUCAAAGAUCGUUGCAGAUGCCAAGGUCUGUGGGGAUCAUCAUUCCUUGAAAGUUUCUCUGGUAAUUCUUCACAACCCUAAAAUCUUUAGCUAAUAUGUGGUCUUCCCUUUGCUGAUUAGAAACCACAAAUAUGUUGGGUUCUCCAUGUGUUUGUGGGCUUUCAUCCACACAUGCAUCUACUGUGUGUAAGUAUCUUAAAAGCCAGUUACUCCUUUUCACUCUUCUCUUUCAUUUUAGUUCCAUACUAACUGUACAGUAUUGCAUUUUCACAACAGUGCACAUGCAUGUCUUCUCACUGUGCAACCUUGCAUGCCUUGGUAACUGUACAUAGUAGGAGUUUCACUGAAAGGGGAAAAUCUUGUCAGAGUUUCUUUAAAGCAGCCCUUUGAUUAUCAUAGAUCCGCCCAGUGGUUAUCCAGUUACCGGCCUCUUUUCAGCGAUUGGCUGGAAGGAGCUAAUUAUGCAAGGUAGUGAAUCCCUGUGGGGGAGGUGGGGCCAAAUCUGAAAGAACUCCUUUGGCAGGCAGAAUAGAGCUUUUAUUGAGGAUAUUUCUUAGCUGACCAUCAGGGACCAAAUCGCUGGAUUGUUAAAAAAAAAAAACAACAUCUCAGCUGAAUCACGCUGCUCCCCCUCUUUCAUUCCUUCCCUCGUUUCAUUUCAGUGAGACAGAGUGUAGCUCAUGCAGUACCCAGCAGCAAGCAGAAUGCAAGGAAUCUACAGUAUUCCCCUGUCUCACACAAGAAGCCCAGUUCACUACUAAAGGACAAGUGAGGAGAGAAAGAGGCAGAGCCAGAGAGAGCAGUCAGGGGAGGAUUCAGACUGCUGUGGUUGAGAGGAGGAACGUACGGUCUUGUCCUGUUCUGCUCUGCUCUUGUUGCCUCAGGUGUGUGUGCUCCUCCCUCCCCUCCGCGGUGCCUGCUGUCAGCUCCAUCCCUGGGUGGCUGAGGCCAUGGUGUUGGUGCUGCGAGCCCUGCUGCCCUGCUUCUGCACCCUGCUCUCCCUGGACCUGCUGCCUAGGGUGGAACCCGCUGUGCCCCUAGAGGACUUCUACCCCUUUGGCCAGGACAAGGGGGACUCCCAGACCAUCGCUCAGGACGACGGAGGCUCCAGGCUCGUGGAGAUCUCUGUUGCUUUCCCCUUCUUUGGAGACAGGCACACAGGUCUCUAUGUUAACAACAAUGGCCUGGUAUCUUUCCUGAGGGAGGUGUCUCAGUUCACACCUGUGGCUUUUCCAAUCGCCGGGGACAGAAGGGUUGUGGCACCAUUCUGGGCUGAUGUGGACAACCGUCGAGCAGGGAGAGUCUUCUACAGAGAGAGCCAGGAGCCCUCCAUCCUGAGGAGGGCCUCAGGUGAUGUCAGGACAUACUUUUCAGAGUUCCCCAACUUCAAUGCAACAUGGGUCCUCAUCUCUACAUGGCUUCAAGUUACUUUCUUUGGAGGCAACUCCCUCACACCGGUAAAUACUUUCCAAGUGGUGCUUAUUACAGAUGGAGAGCUUUCCUUCACUAUAUUCCAGUACAAUAACAUUACUUGGACCACAGGCAUGCAUGCCAGCAGUGGAGGAAACCUGGCUGGGCUAGGAGGGAUAGCAGCGCAGGCAGGUUUCAAUGCUGGUGAUGGCAAACGCUAUUUCAACAUCCCCGGCUCUCGCACAGCCGAUGUGGUGAACGUUGAGGGAACCACCAACGUGGGCUACCCGGGCAGAUGGGUCUUCCGUAUAGAUGAUGCAAAUGUGGAAGUGGGUGGAUGCAAUAACUCUGCAUCAGUGUGCCCGCACCUGCGACCAUGUCUGAAUGGAGGCCAGUGCAUCGAUGACUGUAUUACAGGCAACCCCUCCUUCACUUGCUCCUGCUUGGCUGGCUUCACCGGUCGACGAUGCCAGAUUGAUGUCGAUGAGUGUGCCUCAUAUCCUUGCCAGAACGGGGGAACUUGUGAAGACCAGAUUAAUAGUUUCAUCUGUCACUGUCCUCCUGGAUACACCGGGAUUCAGUGUGAAACAGACAUUGACGAGUGCAAAGACAGACCGUGCCUCAACAACGCGUUGUGUGUACAAGGCGCUGGCAAUUUCACCUGUGUGUGUGAACCGGGCUACACUGGUGUCUUGUGUGAGACAGACAUAAACGAAUGCGAGUCGCAGCCCUGUCUCAACGGAGGGGAGUGCAUCGAUCAGGUGUACAACUUCACCUGCAUUUGUCCCGCUGCCUUCACUGGAACGCUCUGCGAGACAGAGCUGGUGGUGCUUCAGGUCAAUUCAACUGAGGCAGAAAACCAAACAGCCUCCUGUGAAGAGGAAGAUUGCAAGAAGAACCAGAUUUGUGAAUACACCAGCUUGGGAAUCUACAACUGUACAUGUGCUCCAGGCUUCUAUGGUGACAAGUGUGAAGAGGAAUGCCUUUGCCAGAAUGGGGGUGUCUGUAUGGACAGCAAUGGGACUUGUGAAUGCCCUUCAGGCUACACAGGACUCUACUGUCAGUUUGAAGUAACUCAGACACCAUGCAGCAACAGCAGGCCAUGUCCUGAUGGAGGUCCCUGUUUGGAGUAUGGAGGAACCUACCUGUGUACAUGUCAGACUAGUGGAGCAGAGCUAGAUCAUAAGGACUUCUACCCCUAUGUACAGCCCCGAUCGGUCUGCGACUCCUCUCCGUGUCUGAAUGGGGGCUACUGCUAUGAGCGGGACGGAGGCUACACCUGCGAAUGCAAAUACGGAUACUGGGGGAAGCACUGUGAAAAAGUUAGACUCAAUACCUGUGCUUCUGGUCCCUGCCGCAAUGGAGGCUCCUGUAAGGAAGAGGCAGGGAGCUACAGAUGUGUGUGUCCUUACAGAUUCACUGGAAAACACUGUGAAGUGGGGAAGCCAGACCCCUGUGCCUCCAGCCCCUGUCUGAAUGGUGGCACAUGUUUUCACUACAUAGGAAAGUACAAAUGUGAAUGCACUGACGCCUUCAGCGGCAGACACUGUGAAAUAAGCAGGAGCUCAGCACAACCCUCCGCAGAGCUGAGCUGUGGGCCACCUCCACAAGUGAAGCACGCUGAGGUCCAGUUCUCCUCAACAACACCAGGCUCCAUGGCUGUGUAUAUAUGCCACUCAGGCUUCAUGUCUGUGCCCAGAGCCACUCAGAGCAUCUGUGGUAUUCAGGGAGACUGGAGCCAGCCACCCAUUUGUGAGGAGAUCAAUGAAUGCCUAUCACAGCCAUGUCUUAAUGGCGGUACAUGUCAGAACCACGUCGGAUCCUACCAGUGUGAGUGUGAUGAUGGCUUCAGUGGAAAGCGUUGUCAGACAGACAUAAAUGAAUGCCUGUCGGAACCCUGCAAGCACGGGGGGACAUGUGAAGACCAGCCUGGCUCCUACUUGUGUCAUUGUCCACAAGGCUUCAAAGGCCAAAGCUGUGAAAUAGAGCAGGACGGGUGUGAGUCCAACCCCUGUCUAAAUGGAGGUGUGUGUCGGGAUCACAGACGGAAUUAUGUGUGCGUAUGCAAGGACGGUUUCUUUGGGGACCAGUGCCAGAUGUUGGAGAACCCAUGUGUACUGCAACCUUGUGGAAACCGCGGCCUCUGCAGGAGUGACAGGAGAGGGAACUACAACUGUGUUUGCAAAACAGGACACACAGGCAAAGACUGUGAAAAAGACCUGUUGCCUCCCUCUGGUCUCCAUGUUCUGCGUGUGGAGGAGAACGAGGUGGAGCUGCGCUGGGAUGAGCCGGAGCCCUCACACAGCCUGAUCAGCGGGUUCGUUGUCACUUAUGGUCCCCUGGGCCAGAGCAAUCGCAAAUCAGACCUCCUGGACAGGCAGAAGUCUACCCACGUCAUGCGAGGCCUGGUGCCCGGCCUGCUGUACAACAUCUCCACCUUCUCCAUCAAACGCAACACCAACAGCAACGACAUCAGCCAGCCUGCCACCGCACUAAUACGCACCAGACCUCGGCAGGUGGAGCAGCUGCAGGUGGUCAAUGUGUCCUCCUCUCAGGUUUGGCUGAGCUGGCUGGUUCAGGCAGCGCAUCAUGCAGCAGUCAGCAGGGUGCACGUGUCUCUGUUGCCUUCAGAUGGGAGUGAGGCUCGCACUGCCGUGCUCAACACGAGCACCACUGAGCAUACCUUCAGUUCAUUACUCCCUGGUCAGAUGUACACAGUGGAUGUGUUGACUCAAAGUGGAAUCAGACCAGAUGAGUUUCCCUCCACUAGCCACUCAGCUGGACCACUGCAGUUCUGGACAAGGCCUCUUCCCCCACAGAACCUCUCCCUGUCACAUGUGACCACUAACUCAGCACUGAUCACCUGGAGCCGCCACCCGAGAAAUGUCCCAGAUGGCUUUGUGGUCAACGUGACCCGAGGGUUGAAUACCAGGAGUCGCUUCCUGCCAAAUUGGAAAUUAGGAUCAUAUACCCUGCGUGAACUGACGCCAGGACAGAACUACUAUGUGGCUCUCACAUCCGUCAGAAACACAGGGCAGGAACACAUCCAUAGCAUACCUCAACACUUAGCCUUCACCACCUUGCCAAUGGAGGCAAGAUCAGGGAGAAGAGAGAGGCCAACCGUGACUGGACAGGGGACUCAGGUCGGACGCACACUUCCCCUAUCUCAGCCUCAGGUCCUGGGAGGCACAACAGAAACAGAGAACUCGGAGGAAUUGCCCAGGAACACAUACACAGAACUCAUUGACAGAAGGGGAAAGAUAACAGCUAGGUUCACUCACUUGCCUCGAAAAGCCAUUCGACAUCGUACUAAACCUGACCCACCAAUUCGAUUAGAGAAGAUGGAAGAAACAACGAACAAAAUCAGCCUUGCGCUAGAGAUUCAAGACGAAGGAUUAAGAACGAAGCCUGAGUUGCCACAGGACUGCCGCAGUCUACCCUGCCAGAACGGGGGCACAUGUGUGAACGGAGGCGACUCCUUCAUCUGCGACUGCGCAGCAGGGUUCAAGGGCAGACAGUGUGAACUGUUGUGCCAGCGAGUGCCACACCCCUGCACCCGCCUCUACUCUGAAACGAAGAGUGUGCCUGUCUGGGAAGGUGGAGUGUGCCACUACCUGUACAAAAGGACUUAUAAAGUACAGCAGGAUGUUUGUUAUCGGGAGAUUUGUGAACCGAUGCUUCCCAAGAAAAGUCAGAUCAGAAGAGCAAACAGACAACAAUAAAGAGCACUUGGAUACUGAUGAAAGGACUGUCAUCACUGUCAUGUGAAAAACCUAACUUCAAUUUUGGUGUUUAUAAUCUACUUGAAGUAACUGAUUAUGGUCAUGUUUGUGCUGAGAAACUCUGUCAGAACCCACUGUAACAUUUUAGAAACAGAUCAUCAUUCGUCUGAAAAUAAGGUUGUAUUUGUUCAUUCCUGAGAGCUGUGUUUGUAGCUCCGUGCUUCAUGAAAGGACUUCAAUCAAUCAAAUGAAAAAUGGCCCAAAUCAUUUAUCAUUUGUGAUGUUUGGUGACUGAUUUUUCUUACAAACGCAUACGUAUGCAAAUAUUAAUGGUAAGCAGUCCACUGUACUGCAUCAGAGACCUUAUAUACCUCAUUUCCAUGUCCAUGCUGACACAUUAGGAGAGGUUUUUUAUUAUUUGUGAUUCAGCUGCAGGUUUGUCCCUCAGGGAAAUAACUGUAGAGUGUCCCGAGUCCCAAGCUUUUCCUUAUACGAGCCCCGUGAUCUCCUUAUAAAGACGAUGGGAAAUGUAUGUUUUCUCCACACCCCAUAAAUUCAUCUCCUCCUCUGACAAUGUUGCACAGUACUUUCUGUGUGUAUAAAUAUCUUUCUCUGUGUCUUAGCAGGCAUCACUGCUCGCUAUUCUGUAAAUAGUGUUUAUAGGCCAUUUUGUAGGUGAAUAUUUUAAUAAUAAAAAUGUUAAAAUGA